AUGACAGAUGUGAGGCUGACACGAGAACAGGCAGUGAAAGAGUUUUCCAAGUCGCGAUUGAGAAAACGCGCCCAAUCGCAUCUUUUGCGCCGACCUCGUGGACCGCGUCGACCCGGUACGGAAUUCAACUCGCCGCUUCAUCGCCAUCCGUCGCAGGACGACAGUGAGAAUGCAAAGAAUCCGCUCUACCUGAUCAAGGAGGAAAUUGCGAUUAUGAAGAAACUCAAUCACAAUAACCUGGUUUCACUGGUCGAGGUAUUGGAUGACCCGACAGAGGAUUCGCUGUAUAUGGUCAUGGAGAUGUGUAAAAAAGGCGUGGUCAUGAAGGUGGGCCUGGAAGAGCGAGCCGAUCCAUACGAUGAUGAGCACUGUCGCUGCUGGUUCCGUGAUUUGAUGCUCGGUAUUGAAUAUCUGCAUGCGCAGGGCAUCGUUCAUCGCGAUAUCAAGCCGGAUAACUGCUUGGUGACUAGCGAUGAUAUUCUGAAAGUUGUUGACUUUGGUGUGUCGGAAAUGUUCGCGAAGGACUCGGAUAUGUUCACGGCUAAAUCGGCCGGGUCGCCUGCUUUUCUUCCCCGGAGCUUUGCGUCGUGA